GGGUCCUUCACCCUUGAGUCACUUCCUGGAUAGAAACCGGUAGGAAGAUCCGACAGAUUUAAAGGUGUUUCGACAACAGUGACAGACGACUCGUUUGAAGCGAAAUCAUGUCUUUUACACAAAAAAGUGUUUUUGCAUCUCUUCCUCGUACUGAACGUGGUGUUUCAAUCGUCCUUGGCAAAGAUCCCAAGGGAAAGACAUUUCUGUACUGUAAUGGAAACAGUGUCAUCAUUAGGGACAUUGAAAACCCACUGUUUGCCGAUAUAUACACCGAGCAUUCAAAGGAGACAACAGUGGCCCAGUAUGCACCAAGUGGUUUCUACAUAGCAUCUGGAGAUGUAUCUGGCAAGAUUCGAAUCUGGGACACAACUCAGAAGGAACACUUGCUGAAGUAUGAGUACCAGCCGAUUAGCGGUAAAAUCAAGGACAUCGCCUGGACGGAUGACAGUAAGAGGAUUGUUGUUGGAGGAGAAGGAAGGGAGAAAUUUGGCUCUGUAUUCAGCUGGGAUACUGGCACUACUGUUGGCGAGAUCAUGGGUAUGGGAAAAUCCAUCAAUUCUGUCGACUUCAAGCCCAACAGACCGUAUCGAUGUGUGACAGCCAGUGAAGAUUAUUCUCUGGCAUUCAUGGAAGGUCCACCAUUUAAAUUUAAACUAAAUCUAAAAGAACACACAAACUUUGUUAAUGCUGUGCGGUACUCUCCAAGUGGAGACAAUUUCAUAUCCUGUGGAGCUGACGGCAAGGCUGUGAUAUAUGAUGGGAAAUGUGCCGAUGUCAUAGGAGAGUUGGGAAGUCCAGCACACAAAGGUGGUAUAUAUGGGUUGAGUUACAGCCCAGAUGGAUCACAAGUUUUAACAGUGUCUGCAGAUAAAACAGCUAAGAUAUGGGAUAUUGGCACAAAGUCAGUUGUCACAGAAUUCAAGAUGGGUACUGACUUGAUGGACAUGCAGGUGGGCUGUUUGUGGCAAGGAAACUUCAUUCUCACAGUGUCUCUGUCAGGAUUCAUCAACUACCUGGACAUCAACAACCCUGCCAAGCCUUACAGAGUCAUCAAGGGUCAUAACAAACCAAUUACAAGUAUGGCUGUAAAUGCCGAUAAAUCGACCAUCUUCACAGGAAGCAGCGAUGGACGUAUCAAUUACUGGGAUGCAGAAAGUGGAGAAAAUGAUGUAUUGUCUGGGAAGGGACACAAGAAUCAAAUCCAAGACAUGAAAAUUGACAAUGAUGAUUUAGUAACUGUUGGAAUUGAUGAUUCCUUCAUGUUGUCAUCAGUAGGCAGCAAGUCCUUUGGUAGUACUCAAGAAAAGACUGAUUCUCAGCCCAAAACAGUAUCAACAGUAGAUGAUACUUCAGUAGUAGCAUGUAUAAAUCAUUUGAUAGUGUUUAACCGAGGGAGAAAGGUGUCCGUUCAUCCGGUCAAGUUUGGGUGUCAGUGUGCAGCUCUUCACCCUAACAAAACGGAGGUUGCUGUUGGUGGUCCCAAAAGUAUUUUCAUUUACAUGUUGAACGGUGGUGCAUUAACUGAGAAAAAGCAGAUUGAACUCCAGGAUAAGGUGACGGCGUUAGAGUAUUCGCCAGAUGGGACAGCUCUGGCUUCAUUGUGCGAGGACAAAUGCUGUUACGUCCAUCUGCUACCAGACUAUGAGCAACUGUUUGGCAACAAGGCUCACACUGCACGUGCUCUGUGUGUAGCCUGGUCACCCGAUUCAAAACAUCUUGCCACUGGCGGACUUGACAACAAUAUUGUGAUAUGGAAAAAUGAAAAAGGCCGAUAUAAUACGGUUGUCACUGUUGCUUCAGCUCACAAACAGAGCACAGUAAACAAGGUGGUGUGGUUGGAUAACAAUACUGUGGCGUCCUGCGGUCAGGAUUCCAACACUAAACAGUGGCGCAUCAGUUAUUCAUGAAGUGACAGUCUUGUGUCAUAGUUGUGUUAUAAAAUGCUUGCUGACAGUUAGAUAAAAGUCAAGUGCUGAAAUUGACUGCAUGGGUAUUAACAAUGUUCACAAUAUAUACUGUUUACAUUAAAGGUGUUGCGAUGCAUAUAUAUAUAUAUAUAUAAAUAUGAAAAAUUAAAUAUUUAACUAAAUUAUUACUACUUUUUAUGAAAAUUUAGUUUUCAUGCACUGUAAAUUUUAAAAUAAUUGAUAGUGUUUUUCAUCCUUUUCAUUAUGUAAUACUGGUAAUAUGUGCCAGUGUUGUACAUACAUUGCCUAUAUUUGGUAGUGUGACAUCAUUGUCACGAUUUAAUACAUAUUUGCGUUUCUAUCAUUUCUCAACAGUCUUAGGCCCAAAGCUUUCUAAAACUGGGUCUGGGUUUGGCAGAAAAGGAAACAUACCGAUUCCAGUGAGACAUCUGUGCUGGAACAAACUAAAAAAUCUGCAACAGACGACAUAGAACUUACGCUAUAUUUUCACACUGACAGAUGCAAUGUUAGAAUCUUAUUUUUUAAUUUUUCUUAAUCAAUAAGAGAAAAGGUUUAUAUUAAUCAAUGUGCAAAUAUCAUAAUUUUAGUUUAUAGAAGAAAAUCGAUCUAAAAGAUAUGAAUGACGUUAAUAAACAGUUACAGACCCAGACAUCACUUGGGUGACCCAUCUGAUUUUCUUCUUCUCUCAAAGGUUGUGGUAUAUGCUGUCCUGCCUAUUGGAAGGUACAUAUAAAAGAUGAAAGAUGCCUUGCUGUUAUUCGGUAGAAGUAGCCAAGUAACCCAUAUGGUAGCAGUGUGUUUCUUCUCUUGCUUUAGACUCUAAUAAUUACUAAGUUGGAUCCUGAAUAGCCAUUGUUUAAAACGUGCUGAGGUGUCAUUAAGCAAACGUGAUGAAUAUUUUUUUAUCCUGCAACCACCAUUUCUAUGACAGAAUAUGAUUACGGAUAAAGCAGAGUCAUAUCCUGCUACUAGCAGUAUAUGACUUUUGACGUCGCUCGUGUGACAUCGCAUGCAUAGCUACGUUACAAAUCGCUCAUUAGACCUCCAAGUCAUCUACAAUGUGGCUGAAAUAAUAGCUUUUCCCCUUAAUUUUUAUGGUCUGCAGGAUAAAGAGAAUAACAAGUUAAUGACGUCGGAUAUCUGCUUUAUCCUGUUCAGGCCGAAUGAGAAAUUCUGCUCGGUAGAGCCUCUGUGGAAUUUUCCUUUUUUUACCUUCACAGGAUAAAGCAGAUAUCCGACGUCAUUAACUAGUUAUUCUCUAUAUAUUGGCCAAGGUCCCUUACAAGGUUCAUAGUGAUAUAUUUUUAUCUGAAGAUGUUUUGUUCUUUCCUCUAUUUAUGACAAUUUCAUCAGUGCAAUGUCCAUUAAGAAAGAUUCUUAAUUACAGAUUAAGAUAAUAGUUUGUCAUAUUUAAACAUUGUUGACAUAUUGGUUCUUAAAUGAAACAAAAUUAUUAAUGUAUCAAUUAUUUGUUAUAUCUAUAUUUCACUACGCAUUAUAGAAUUGUUUCCAAUUGUCUCCACGGUUCUUAAUUAUCCUUUCCUUAUUUUGAGCCAUGUAUUAUAUAUGUUUGGUGUGCGCUAAAAAGAAUUUGUAUACUGCAUAUGUAAACAAUAGAACUGAACCACUUUGUAUGAUGAAGAUGUUCCUUUGAAUUAUUCAGUGGUAAAACGCACAACUCGCUGUCAAAGCAUAAUUUGUUGAUGGCAGCAUUAAUUUAUGGAAUUGAAGGUGGAUAGAUAUAAAGUAUUGAAUUAUUUUUGGAUUU